AUGGAGGCUAAUGAUCAAAUACUGAACUCUCACACUCAAGCCAUUGACAAAAUGGAGACUCAGCUUGGACAAAUGGCUAAUACCCUCAACAGGAUGGAAGAAGGAGAGCUUCCAAAUCAGCCAGUGGCCAAUCCUAGGGGCCAAUACAUUGAGGAGGGGAGUACCUCUAAUCUAAAGCAAGUCCAAGCCAUGAACUGCCAACUUUACUGCCCGACCCUAUCAGACUACCAUUUUCUUCCCAAAACCCCCCUUCGAAAUUGGAAAUUUGAAGGUUCUGAAAAAGUUGGAUUUAUCAAGAAAUCAAUUAUCAGACUAAAUAUAAUGAUUGAUGUUGCGUCAGUGCUAGAAUACCUUCAUUACGGUUCUUCAACGACUAUUGCUCAUUGUGAUUUGAAGCCGAGCAAUGUCUUGUUAGAUGAAGACAUGGUCACACAUGUUGCUGAUUUUGGCAUCGCCAAACUCUUUGGUGAUGAAGACUCUAUGAUGCGGACCGUGACUCUUGCUACCAUUGGCUAUAUGGCACCAGGUGAUGUUUCCAAUAGUAUGGAUUGGAAGGAAUCAUUUCUAUUAGCUAGGAGCGAUGUGUAUAGUUAUGGCAUUUUACUGAUGGAAACUUUCACAAGAAAGAAGCCAAUAAAUGACAUGUUUGAUGGAGAAACGAGCUUGAAACGAUGA